CGUGCGAGGCGGUGACAAUGGGAGCGGCGCGGGCGGCGCCGGGAGGCAGCUGACAGGCGUCUGCGGCUUCGCUUCAUGGCGGCUCUCUCGCCCCGCCUGGGCUGUGUGAGGAUCUGGGGAGCUCGCGGCGGCCAGCGGCCGGAGCCAGAGCCCGCAGGCAGAGGAGACGUGUGCAGCGCGCCGCUGAGGCGCAGCAUGUGAAGCGGAGACGGCCUCCACCGCGGGGCGAGCUUCUCAGACGACCGGCAUGGCCACGACGGCCGAGCUCUUCGAGGAGCCUUUUGUGGCAGAUGAAUAUAUUGAACGUCUUGUAUGGAGAACCCCAGGAGGAGGUUCUAGAGGUGGACCUGAAGCUUUUGAUCCUAAAAGAGAUAAUCCAUUGGAAAGUCAAUAAAGACUGGCUGUAGUUUCAAACACCAUGUGUUUUUGAAUCCAUGUGGCCUGAAGAAAGUGAAAGGAAAUUGUGACACUGCAGAAAGGUUUUGUUUUCAUUGAAGAAAUUUCAACAAGAUACUAUUAUUAGAAGAAUUUGUAAAUCAUAUUCAAGAACUCCAGAUAAUGGAUGAAAGGAUUCAAAGGAAAGUGGAGAAAUUAGAGCAACAGUGCCAGAAAGAAGCUAAAGAAUUUGCAAAGAAAGUUCAAGAGCUCCAGAAAAGCAAUCAGGUUGCUUUUCAACAUUUCCAAGAACUAGAUGAACACAUAAGCUAUGUGGCAACCAAAGUCUGUCACCUAGGAGACCAGUUGGAGGGGGUAAACACACCCAGACAACGUGCAGUGGAGGCUCAGAAAUUGAUGAAAUACUUUAAUGAGUUUCUAGAUGGAGAAUUGAAAUCUGAUGUUUUUACAAAUUCUGAAAAGAUAAAGGAGGCAGCAGACAUCAUUCAGAAGUUGCACCUAAUUGCCCAGGAGUUACCUUUUGAUAGGUUUUCAGAAGUAAAAUCCAAGAUUGCAAGUAAAUACCAUGAUUUAGAAUGCCAGCUUAUUCAGGAGUUUACCAGUGCUCAGAGAAGAGGUGAGAUCUCCAGGAUGAGGGAAGUAGCAGCAGUUCUACUUCAUUUUAAGGGCUAUUCCCAUUGUGUUGAUGUUUAUAUAAAGCAGUGCCAGGAGGGUGCCUACUUGAGAAAUGAUAUAUUUGAAGACGCAGCAAUACUCUGUCAGAGAGUGAACAAGCAAGUUGGAGAUAUCUUUAGUAAUCCAGAAACAGUACUGGCUAAACUUAUUCAGAAUGUGUUUGAAAGCAAACUACAGAGUUUUGUGAAAGAUCAGUUAGAAGAAUGUAGGAAAUCAGAUGCAGAACAAUAUCUGAAAAAUCUCUAUGACCUAUAUACAAGAACCACCAAUCUUUCCAGCAAAUUGAUGGAGUUUAACUUAGGUACUGAUAAACAGACUUUCUUGUCUAAGCUUAUCAAAUCCAUUUUCAUUUCCUAUUUGGAGAACUAUAUUGAGGUGGAAAUUGGAUAUUUGAAAAGUAGAAGUGCUAUGAUCUUGCAGCGCUACUAUGAUUCCAAAAACCAUCAAAAGAGAUCCAUUGGCACAGGAGGUAUUCAGGAUUUGAAGGAGAGAAUUAGACAACGUACCAACUUACCACUGGGACCAAGUAUUGAUACACAUGGGGAAACUUUUCUGUCCCAAGAAGUGGUGGUUAAUCUUUUACAAGAAACUAAACAAGCCUUUGAAAGAUGUCAUAGGCUAUCUGAUCCUUCUGAUUUACCAAGGAAUGCCUUUAAAAUUUUUACCAUUCUUGUGGAAUUUUUAUGUAUUGAGCAUAUUGAUUAUGCAUUAGAAACAGGACUUGCUGGAAUUCCGUCUUCAGAUUCUAGGAAUGCAAAUCUCUAUUUUUUGGAUGUUGUACAACAGGCCAAUACUAUUUUUCAUCUUUUUGACAAACAGUUUAAUGAUCACCUUAUGCCACUAAUAAGCUCCUCUCCCAAGUUAUCUGAAUGUCUUCAGAAGAAAAAAGAGAUAAUUGAGCAAAUGGAGAUGAAAUUGGAUACCGGCAUUGAUAGGACAUUGAAUUGCAUGAUUGGACAGAUGAAGCACAUCUUGGCUGCAGAACAAAAGAAAACAGAUUUUAAACCAGAAGAUGAAAACAAUGUUUUGAUUCAGUAUACUAAUGCCUGUGUAAAAGUCUGUGCUUAUGUAAGAAAACAAGUUGAGAAGAUUAAAAAUUCCAUGGAUGGGAAAAAUGUGGACACAGUUUUGAUGGAACUUGGAGUACGUUUUCAUCGGCUUAUUUAUGAGCAUCUUCAACAAUAUUCCUAUGGUUAUAUGGGUGGCAUGUUAGCAAUUUGCGAUGUAGCUGAAUAUAGAAAAUGUGCCAAAGACUUCAAGAUUCCAAUGGUAUUACAUCUUUUUGACACUCUGCAUGCACUUUGCAAUCUUCUAGUAGUUGCUCCAGAUAAUUUAAAGCAAGUCUGCUCAGGAGAACAACUUGCCAAUCUGGACAAGAACAUACUUCAUGCCUUCGUACAACUUCGUGCUGACUAUAGAUCUGCCCGCCUUGCUCGACACUUCAGCUGAGGUUGAAUUUACAAAGGAAAUGUGUUGUAUUUCAGAAGGCCACAGAUGACAGAAAGCACAGGAGAUUCUUUAUGACCCAGCCCAUAUUUUGGGGGGCGGAAAAAAAAAAAAAGACUGAAGAAAACAGCAGCCAUACUUACCCUGGAAUUUUAAUUGAAAUUUUGGACACCACUAGCUACAUUUUACUUUUUUUUUUUUUCCUAUUAAGUUGAAUUCCAUACUUUAACUUAUAAAUAUCAGAUUCUGUAAAACUACAUGUCACUGUUUUAAUCUUGGAAAAUGUUGGUGUCAGAAGGUAAAUGAAAUUUUAUCUGUGGUCUACUAGUUCCUGGUCUUUACCAUACUCUAUCUGGAAAUUUUACCAUCCUGUUUGCAUUAAAAAUAGGUGAAGUGCAGUAAAACUACAUUUAUUAUUCAUUAGUUUUUAGUGAAUCUUUCAACACUGGUGAUUGUUAAUCAAAUUAAUCUAGGUUUUCCUAACUUUUUAUAUCUUUAAAAGGGUAAUCACACUUGAGCAUAAUUUCUGUUGGUAGUUGGAGUUUUUUUCUGAGGUACAACAGAGCUAUUACAAGAAAAAAUGUUAUAAACUAAAAUGAUGAACUGUUUUAUAUAGAUAGUAGGAGUGAAUAUAUCUGCUUUCUGGGUUAAACUCAAAGUUUACUAUUUCUUAUUUGAUAAAUAGAUUUUAAGCCAAUUCUAGCCAAUGAAUUAAUGAAACUACCUUAUUUUAUAUUAACUUAAGAUAAGGUAGAGGACUUUAAAGGACUGUGUUUGUUAUUUCACUAUUAUAGUUGAAGUUUUUAAAAAGUGAAGUUUAGUAUAAAUCGUGUGGAUGAGAACCAUUGACAUGGUUAGUCAAUGCAGUCCUUUAAGGUUUGUAUCUCAAUGCUAACCUUGAGUAAGUAAGAUGGGACGGCUAGACACACAGUGCUCUUCUAUUUUAAGAGGAAUUGGAAAUUGUAGGUGACAGUAUGAUUCUAAGUUUGAAGGCAAGCUUUACAGAGACUGCUUUCUUUUCAGAUCUGCGGAUUCUUUAAUUGUCCUUUUUCAAGGCAUUUCUGGUUAUUCCUACUUGGAUAAGAUUAAUUGAAUUGGCUUAAUAUGGUGACAUAAUAAUCACUUAUAAAAUUUUAAACAAGUAAAAGUUUAGAAAGGCCACUGCUCUAUAAACCCUAUACAGUUGCUUUGCAAGAAUACAUUCUAAAUAUGUAGCCUGUUGUAUUGUUCAUAGUCUUCUAGGAUCCAGGUGAAUGUAACGUUUGGUUGAUUCUUAGCAUUUUUUUUUUCCUAUAAUGUAGACUUUUUGGCCUAAUUUUGGAAAAUCUUUUUUCUAAGAACCUGAUUUUGAAUAGUUACCACCUUUACCAGGAUUCAGCACUAACUGCUGUUUAAGUUACUGCUGACUGGAUUUUCCUUUUCUGUUUACCCCAGUGUUAUCAAAGUAAGCGAAGGCAGUGAAGUGCUGUGGCUUCUGUCAAUGCUCUUCAGGACAGUGUGGCAGCUGCAGAGGGCUUUCCGGAUGUCUGCUCUUCAGACAAGGAACAGCCAAAACAGGUUUUGGAUACUAGUAGAAAUCAUGCUUGAUGCCAUUUUAGAACUUCUGAUGUGGAUUCAAAUUAUACCUCUACUACUUAAAGCCAACAGUUUUAAGGCAGUAGUUUUACUGGCCAUUUGAACUCUUUCUACAGUGUCAAUUUGUUUAAAAAAAAAAAAGAAAAGAAAGAAAAAAAUUCUCAAAACCUACAUUUUAAGACUUCCAAUCAGAGAAGUACUUCAGAUUAUUUUGUUUGAUUUUUUUAAAAUGUAAAUCAGAUACUUGUUGCUUAGAUAUUUUGUUAAUUAUUAUUCCCAUGUUUGAGUUCUGUGCAAUAUUUUCCAUUAUGUCCACUGGCAGGAUAAUGACAAAAUUCAUAAAUGAAUACUGAAUUUAGAAGUGUUAACAUUAAUGCUCAAUAAACAAAUUCCCUGCA